UAUUCGAUACAAAAGUGUAGAAAACUAAAAUGGCAAAGAUGAGUAGUAGUAGUAAUAAGAAAAACAAUGGCAUUUUGAAGCUUAAGGAGAGGCUGCAAAAGGGUCUUUUCUUGGCCAAGAAAAGACCAGAUUCGUAUACGGACCAAGAAAUGGUCCCAAAAGACGUGAAAGAAGGUCAUUUUGCAGUUAUAGCGUCCGAUGAAUAUGUUGAAAGGAGAUUUGUUGUUCCUAUCACGUACCUCCGCCAUCCUUCAUUUCUAAGACUCUUGGAGAAAGCUGCGGAAGAGUAUGGGUUCGACCAUGAAGGUGCACUUAUGAUACCUUGUAGACCGAGUGAGCUAGAGUGGUUGCUGGAAGAACAAAUUGGGUCUUCUCAAGAUGGUGAAAAUUGGGUUUCUUACAAAACAAUGGUCGAAAGUUGUUGAAAACAUGAACAUAUUAUUUUCAUAAAUCUAAGAAUUGAAGCUUUUUCUGUUCUUUUUCGAUUGUUCGUUAUUGGUACGUCUAUACGUGAAUCCUUAACAAAUGGAAUCAAAGGGUUUUUUGGUGCCACUAUAAGUCUUGUUAACCAUGUACGUGGAGUAUGAGUUUUCAUUGGGUUAUAUGUAUCGCCGAUGAAUAGAGAUUGCAUAUAGUUCAUGGUCACUAUUGUGCCUUGCUACUAGGCCAUUAUGUGUGAAGGAAGAUUUUAUCUAAUGAUCUUUUAAUUACUGUUCUGGAAAAUAUUUAGGAUUAUAUCUGGUUUUGGCUACAUGAUUGGG